CUCGCCUCACCGCCUCUUCCUUGUUACGCUCAAAAGUUCUCACCAAAACCACCACCACCUCUGCGGCGUCUCUCUCUCUCUCUAAGAUGGAGUUUGUUAAUCCUGAAGGUCUUCGAUUAGACGGUCGCCGUCCCAUGGAGAUGAGACAACUUCGUGCAGAAAUAGGCGUAGUUUCAAAAGCCGACGGCUCAGCUGUUUUUGAGAUGGGAAACACUAAAGUCAUUGCGGCCGUUUAUGGCCCCAGAGAGGUCCAAAAUAGGAGUCAACAAAGUAAUGAUCAGGCACUGGUACGCUGUGAGUAUAGCAUGGCUAAUUUCAGUACUGGAGAUCGAAUGAGGAAACCUAAGGGUGACAGGCGAUCAACAGAGAUAUCUUUGGUCAUUCGUCAGACGAUGGAAGCAUGCAUAUUGACUCACUUGAUGCCUCGAUCUCAGAUUGACAUCUUUGUCCAAGUUCUCCAAGCAGACGGAGGAACAAGAUCGGCGUGCAUAAAUGCUGCAACUUUGGCCCUUGCUGAUGCUGGUAUCCCAAUGUCUGAUAUCGUUACCUCCUGCAGUGCUGGAUACCUGAACGGAACCCCUCUGCUCGAUCUGAACUACAUGGAAGAUAGUGCUGGUGGACCUGAUGUUACUGUUGGCAUUCUGCCUAAGUUAGACAAAGUGACCCUCCUUCAGGUACUUUCUAAUGCACUAAUUUUUCGUUUCGUGGUCUUCGCUUGGAGUAGAUGGAUUUCAUUGCUGUUCUGGUUGGCAAAAGCCCUUGAAUCAACAUAUUUCUCUUUUUCGCUUGAACUGACCCCUCCUACAACGUCGUCUUCCUGAUAGAUGGACUCCAAACUCCAAAUGGAGACAUUUGAAACUGUAAUGCAGCUAGCAAUAGAAGGGUGCAAAGCAGUGGCAAGUUACAUUCGCGAAGUAAGUCUCAUACUGUAGCUAUCUCAUCCAUUCAAUUUAUUGUUUCACUCUACAAAUUCUUUGCAAUCUGAUAGGUAUUACUGGAAAACACCAAGCAGUUGGAGUCUCGCAGAGGUGUAUAGAAAUUGUAACGCGUUCGAGCCAAAUUAGGAAUGAGCAGCAUAGGAUUCUUAUGUUAUGAUAUUUUUCCUUGCAGUUUCCUUCUUUUUUUGUAUUUAUAGUUUUGUAGACUGUCAAUCUAAAAUGUAAGAUUUGAGCAUUAGAAAUUGUAAGUUGGAUUCAUCUAGGAAGUUCAAUUUUGGGCAAAUGUUCAUGCACCAAAUGUAGAAGUGAUGCUAUAAUUUGUGUGCAUUCUUAUUUAAGUAUGGAAAUCAAAUGUUUGCAACUUA